AUGAUAAAUUAAUAACUCGGCCUUCCUGUAAUGGCUAAUGAUACGACUUAUAUUUCAGGCUAUUAAAAUCAAAAUGAAGGAAAAAAUGCAUCAAAUUAAGAAAUAUUUGAAGCUUUUUACAUAAUCGGAGUUGAAAGAAACAAUAGUAAAUAAUAAAAAGAUAGAUUGUUUAAUCCUAAAAUUUAAUAUAAAUAGUAUAAAAAAAAAUUUGGAGAUAUUUAAUAUUAGGAUGAGAAGAAUCAAAUUAUUUCUAUUGAAAAUAUUAUCGAAAAAUUUGCAUGUCCAAGCUGGAGUGAUGCAGAAAAAAUAAUCAAUGACGAUAUUGAAGAAGAAGUAUAGAGGUAGAAUUAUUUUAAAUUUUAGAAUAAUUUGUUAAGGCAGAGUACCUUCUGAGAAUUUUUAUAUGUUUAACAUUAAAGGAGAUGAUUUGCAAUUAAAGAAUCCAUCAAAUAUUAGGAUUCUCCAAUAAUUUAAUCAUUCAAGAUAAUUAUAUGGUUAUUGUUUAAAAGUAGAUGAUUUUUUGGUUGAGAGAUUUUAGAGAAACAAUUAAAUUGAAUAAAUUUAUUGGAAAUUCUAAAAGAUUCUUUGUUUUGUAACAUACUUUCCAAUCUAGGCUCUAUUUAAAACAUUAUUCGAAUAAAUUCUUUGUAAUAAUAAUUUUUAUUCAAUUUUAGUUAUAACGAAAGUAUAAAGAUAAAAAAUUAUAUCAGGAAAAAAUGCAAACAAAAGUGAGAUUGAUGGAGUAAAAAUAAACCAAGUAUAUUUUAAAAUUUAUAAAAGUUAAUCUCAAAGUUAUUAAGUGCAUUCAUUUUAACAGUUUCUUAGUAUUCAAUAUCAAAAUAUGAAUAGAAAAUCGAAAUCAAUUUUGCUCAAGAAUUGAAAGAUUAAAAUCUUGAUUUAGAAUUGAAGUAAUUUUUUGAAAAAACAAUAAUUUAAUACGUAGUUCCUAAAACAGAGGAUUUAUUUAUUGAGACGAAAAAACUAGAAGCACAUAUAGUUCUUUAAUUAUUUUCGGUUGAAUAAUUUUUCAGUGUCUUUAUGGAAAUUUUAAAAGAAGGAAAAAUUAUCUUUUGUUGUUAGAAUUAGAAUUUAUUAACUGCUAUAACAUCGUUUUUCCACACAAUUUUAUAACCAUUUAAGUGGUUUCAUCAAGUUAUUUACAAUUUACCAAUAGAAUCAUUAGCCCUUUUAGAAUUCAAUUAGCCCAUGCUAUACGGAGUUAAUAUGCAACAUUAACAAUUAAAAUUUAAAAGGAAUAUUAUUGCAGCCAACAACAUGUAUGAUAUUACAUUUGUGGAUAUCAAUGAGAAACGCUCUGCACCAUAAUAAUAAAUUAAUAUUAUAGAGAAUAACUAAAAAUCAAAGCUUAAUUGGUUUGAUUAAAGAUAAUAGCUUGCCAAAUAUUUUCAAAAUUAAGGAGGCUAACUUAAAUUAACACCUAAUGAUUAUUAAGAAAGAAAUGCAAAGGAGUUUCUAUUGUAGAUGUAAGAUAUCAUUAAGGCAAAUUUGAUCGAUAAAGUGAUUCCAAAGAAAGAAAAUGAUUUUGUUUUAAAUCAAAGUUAAAAAUUGAAUGAUCGCUUUAUCUAUAAUCGUGUUAUACAAAAAAUUUAGAAAGAAAUUGAUGAUAAAAAUGAUUAGACUUUUAUCCAGAAAUAUGUUAUGCAUGCAAUUUAUUUUACGGAGUAUCUAAGAUUUAGAUACGUAUAUGGGUGA